UGAAGCUCAACUCUCCUCAUUUUUUAACUGAUCUCUUCUUUUAGCUUUGGGCGUGGAGAUUCACAGCAAACUGUCAUUCAUUUGUUUGUUUUGGGUACUUGUAUGAGUUUAAUAUCUGAGAAAGUCAUGGUUUUCUCUUCCCCUUGUGCUAAUGGAAGGGAAAAAAGACUUGUUAGUUUGGAGCUCUGUAUUAAAUUGUUUCUUUUUGGAUUUAAUUACUUGAAGGUGAAACCAAUUUGUAUGUAGAUUUGGAAUUGUGUGCUCAAGUAUUUAUUAGCAGGUUUUGGAAUUGUAAAAUCAAGAGUUUUCAUUCUUUGAUUUUUCCAACGGGUAAAAAGACUUCCAAAUGCUUUCAGUUUCCUACUGUAAAAUGUCUGUUGUACUCACAAUAGUGGAGACUGUAGAUUUUACUCGGUAUAAAGCUUGGAAUGAAACCGCAAGAAGCAAUAUCCGAAGUGAAAACUCUUUCUGAUGUUGAAGGGUUGUGUGUAUCGUUUGCUGGCAGACAUGGAUCUUCUGACCCUGUCCUUGCGGUCAAGGAACUCUUAAGUGAAGAACCAUACACAGCUGAAGAUAUUGAGAAAAUCAUCGAGGAAAACUUGCAAUCCGUCUUUGCCGAUUCUCAGUCUUCUUUGGAUGUGCUAAAAGCUGCCACACACUACAAGUUAUUCCAGGUAACUUUUUUCAAACACUGCAAGUUAUUCAGGUUACUUUUUUGUUAAAACCUAUCACCUACUUCACCC